CGGCUUUCCGGCAGGCGCUAGGGAGGCGGCUUUCCGGCUACCGGGCGAGGAACGCGGGCAGAGUCGGGCGGAGGCUUCUGAGGGGCCGGAGCCGGGCAGUCUGUGAGGCUGCCAGUCCCGGGCCACGUCAGGCGUAACCGUUGCGGCGUCCUGCUUCUCUGCUGAAGCGCCGCGCGGCCCGACAGCAGGCGUCCGCCGCGCGGCCGGGACCUGCGGGGCCCGCCGGGGCUCAGCAUGCCCGGGGUGAAGCUGACCACCCAGGCCUACUGCAAGAUGCUGCUGCACGGCGCCAAGUAUCCGCACUGCGCCGUCAACGGGCUGCUGGUGGCCGAGAAGCAGAAGCCACGCAAGGAGCACCUGCCGCUGGGCGGCCCGGGCGCGCCCCACACCCUCUUCGUGGACUGCAUCCCGCUCUUCCACGGCACGCUGGCCCUGGCGCCCAUGCUGGAGGUGGCCCUCACCCUGAUUGAUUCAUGGUGCAAAGACAAUAGCUAUGUGAUUGCUGGUUAUUACCAAGCUAAUGAACGAGUAAAGGAUGCCAGCCCAAACCAGGUUGCAGAGAAAGUGGCCUCCAGAAUUGCUGAGGGCUUCAGUGACACUGCACUCAUCAUGGUAGACAACACCAAGUUCACGAUGGACUGCAUAGCGCCGACGAUCCAUGUGUAUGAGCACCACGAGAACAGAUGGCGGUGCAGAGACCCACACCAUGACUACUGUGAAGACUGGCCAGAGGCGCAGAGGAUCUCAGCGUCACUCCUGGAUAGCCGGUCCUAUGAAACGCUUGUGGAUUUCGAUAACCACCUGGAUGAUAUUCGUAAUGACUGGACAAAUCCUGAGAUCAAUAAAGCAGUUCUACACCUUUGCUAGACAAGGACCGUUGUGACUGCUCUGGGCAUUUCCACUACAUCGAAGAAGAAAACCUAUUUUUAAAUGUAAACGAUAUUGUAUGUAGCCUGGUAGGAAGCUGACGGCUGGUGGCAGGUGCCUUGGAAGAGGCGGGGUGUCUGGUCUGUCACUUCAGUGCCCGGCUGUAGGAGAGGUGCAGACCGCCCAGGCCCUGUGGGUUCUCAGUCAUAUGUUGCUCUCAUCUUCCAAAUCAAAGCUAUUUCUGCUUGUCCAAGAUUGUUCCUAGUAAACAGUUUUAACUAACCUUUUAUAAUCUGAAGAAAAUACUUUUUAAGGUUUAUGAACCAGUAAAAACACACACAUAUCUUACGCUUAGUGGUGUGUCUCAGUUUUUAUCCCUGCUGAGUUGCUCUCCUCCAGGCUUCUUGGGUUGGACGAUGCGUACUGUGCUGGUUGGUGCUGAGCUGUGACUGAGAAGCUGUGAGUUGGUGUUGCAGCCGUCGGUAGGCUGGAGCCGGGAGCCACGAUGCUCACAGCCUUAAUGACUCCCCGUGGUGGAACUAGUCAAGCCCACUGUUGCCUGAGAAACCUCCAUUAUUGAGGGUGAAAACAAACACGUUGGUAAUGAGAACUUGGGUGGUGCUCAGUCAGCUGAAAGCCCACAGCUUACAAGACGGAGAAAGGCAAAGGGAGCCAGGCAUGAUUAUAUUUAAAUGCAGGAGUCAACCCUGACUCUUCCCUGACCCACAUGGUAUCUGAGUGGUUCUUAUUUAGGCCUUCAAAAUAAGAGCUGCUUCAGUAUUCAAAAUAAAAGCUUAGGCCCCCAACUUGUACAGUCUAGUUUUUGUACUUGAGACAUUAUAGUCAAGUUUUCUAACCCAGUGCUAAAAGGGAAACUUGGGUAUCAUUGCAUGUUUUCCUUUUUAUAUGAGAGCAGAAAACAGUGCUUUCUAUUUUCUUUGACUACACAGAAGUUUGUAACAAUUAGUGUGACCCAUCAAAAGGGUGUGUGACACAGCAUUCUCUAUUUUCUCUUAACAAGCAGGAAAACAAUUCAGGUGUCACUUAAAAUAAAUGUGCUUUAUUGGUGCACCAAGUUCUCAUUCCCCUUCUUUUAAGUUUUUUUUGUUUUGUGGUACUGGGGAUUGAACUCAGGGCCUCAUGCUUGUUAGGCAAGUACUCUACCAUUUAAGAGUUCUCAUCCCCUUCUUCAUACACCUCCUACCCUUAGCUUUUCAAGAUGAUGUUCUCUUUGAGAACAAAGAGGGUAGUAAUUUACCAGUGCCCCCAUCCUUCCUACUCCCCUGCUGUCAGGUGCAGGAUCCCCACAGGUGGAAUUUUGAGUGGGCUUGUGAUUGGGGCUCUGCCUUAGGAACCUUCUGAGUGCUGAAUUUGCAGGGGCAUCACCAUGCAAGGCCUCCACUGCCAUGUGACAGGCUGUCUUCCCCAGGACCGGUCAAAGCCAGGCCACAGGCAAUGCUGUGGUGCUCAAGGUACACAGAGGCUAGUGGGAGGUGAUUUGAAGAUCGGUUCUUCCUGAAGCUCUUCAGGGUUUCAGCGGCUUGUUGCAUUCUUGGCCUUGUCUCUGCCUCUGCCCCUGCCUUCCUCAGAGCACAGGCCGUCCUCCACGUGCUUUUGACAUAAUCCUGAUCCUGGCCUUUGUGACUGAGUCAGGCUUAAAGUUUCUCAAGGAAGCAGAUUAAAUGCUCUGGAGAGAAGGAUACAUUUGUGGAAAGGCCAAGACAGAUUUCCAAAGUAAAAAUAGUGGAACAGAGGACCCUCGCUCCUCUGUUCUUACUGAAACUAAAUCUUGAGUGCUCAGUCUCGGCUUCACUGUGUGGCCUUAGCCUGUCUCCCCAGCCUGAGAACAGGCUCCCUCUUUCCUCACCAA